UGACGACAGCCCCUCUUUUACUUUGGUGAUGAAAUUGUUUCUCCUCCGCCAACCCCUCUUCACCGUCACUAACUUGUCACCUGUUAGUUCAUUUCUCUUGUCUCUUCAGUUUUCUUUUCCUUUAGAUUUUCCAGUUCAUAAUGUCUGCAAAUACGAAAAUACCCCGGAAUUUUAGGCUCCUAGAGGAGCUAGAGAAGGGCGAGAAGGGCUUGGGAGCAGAGGCCUGCUCCUACGGUCUUGCUGAUGGCGAGGACAUGAUGAUGAGCAACUGGAAUGGAACCCUCCUUGGACCCCCUCAUAGCGUCCACGAGAACAGGAUAUACAGUCUCAACAUCCAUUGCGGCCCUGAAUACCCCGAUAGCCCUCCAACUCUUCAAUUUAUCUCACGCGUCAAUCUUCCAUGCGUUGACCCAAACUCCGGGAAGGUCGACCCCGCGAAAUUGCCCUGUCUGGCACAGUGGAAGCGCGAGUAUACCAUGGAGACUGUCCUGAUUGAACUUAGAAGGUACAUGGCUUUACCACAACAUAAGAAAAUUCCUCAGCCUCCGGAGGGCUCGAAUUUCUAAAUAUUUGCAUCAUAAAUGAAUGACGAGUCGAAAACGGGGUAUUCGGUCGGUGUUCGCGUCCGGUUAUUAGCUUCUCCUUGACCUAUUAGAGCAUGUUUAGUCUAUGCAUGACGGCAGGCAUCGUCCCAUAACAGCGAAGCCUAGCUGCAAUCAAUUAGCUUCCUUCAGCUAUAUAUUUGUGCGGUAAACCGCAGACAUACUGUAAACUAAGACCGCCGUCUAAUCGAUAUUUUCACCAUUGCAAGUCUGGAG